UUCCUCGCAGGUGGAUGGGUGGAGUUCACAGAAGUUAGAGCAAGAUGGCGCCGGUGUGUGAUCUAAGCCCGGAGAACCCGCGUUGAAGCAACAAUCCCCGCCUGGGAAAGAGUUAAUGCAGGGGGUGGAGUGUCGCCGCUCCCUCUAACGAGGUGACUCGCCCUCUUACGAGGUGACUCGCUGUAGCUGAGUCGGACGCGCCUCGCCGGCAAUGGAAAACGAGCUGAGCAGCAUGGAGACUAUGGAGACCCUGACGGAGCUCGGCGACGAGCUCACACUGGGCGAUAUCGAUGAAAUGCUACAGUUUGUCAGCAAUCAGGUUGGAGAUUUUCCAGAUUUAUUUUCUGAACAGUUAUAUGGCACAUUCCAGAGCAGCAGUGGAUGUAAUGGAGACAGAAUAUCAGAUACUUCACAGAAAGCCUACAGCCAGGGACAGAUACAAUCCUCUCCUAGCGCAGCUUCUCCACAACAGCUUCAGUCUGUGCAAGUGAAGGCCUCUCAGUCAACGGGCACAAUUCCUGCUCCACAACGGGCUGCACCUCCUCUUCAACCUCGCCCCCAAGUUCAACCCCCACUUCAGCAACAGACGGUGAUGAUUACUCCAACUUUCAGCUCUUCUCCCCAGACCCGGAUCAUUCAGCAACCUGUAAUAUACCAAAAUGCAACCACAAGUUUUCAAGUGCUGCAACCCCAGGUUCAAAGCUUGGUGACUUCCUCUCAAGUUCAACCAGUUGCCAUUCAACAGCAGAUGCAGACCAUGCAAGCUCAGAGGGUAUUGACACAGAGUACCACCGGCACCAUCCAGACACUAACUCCAGCAACUGUCCAGGCAGUAGCUGCCCCUCAGGUUCAGCAGGUUCCAGUCCUAGUCCAGCCACAGAUAAUCAAGACAGAUUCUCUUGUCUUAACAACAUUGAAAACUGAUGGAAAUCCUGUUAUGGCUACUGUUCAAAAUCCAGCUCUGGCAACAAUAACCACACCCAUACAGACAACAGCUCUGCAGGGUUCUUUCUUAUCAAGAUUCUUCAAACUGGAUACCUUGGUUGGUAGCAAUGGGGCCAUUUUGACAACUAUGCCUAUGAUGAUGGGAGGGCAGGAGAAGAUGCCAAUUAAACAAGUGCCUAAUAACACCAAGCAGCCAGAACCACCAAAGGAAGGAGAAAGGCGAACAACUCAUAAUAUUAUUGAGAAGAGAUAUCGAUCAUCUAUAAAUGACAAGAUAAUAGAACUGAAAGAUCUAGUCAUGGGAACAGAUGCUAAAAUGCACAAGUCUGGUGUAUUGAGGAAGGCUAUUGACUACAUUAAAUAUCUACAGCAAGCUAACCAUAAAUUGCGACAGGAGAACAUGAUCCUUAAGCUUUCUAGCCAGAAAAACAAGUUGUUGAAGGGUUUUGACUUGAGCAGUCUAGUGGACAAUGAUGCGGAUAUGAAGAUGGACGAAUUCAAUCAAAAUGCUGUAUUGAUGUCUCCUCCAGCUUCUGACUCAGGAUCACCAGCAGGCUUUUCCCCUUAUUCAAUUGAUUCAGAACCAGGAAGUCCAUUAUUGGAUGAUGCAAAGGUUAAAGAUGAACCUGAUUCUCCACAUGUUGCUCUCGGAAUGGUUGAUCGCUCACGGAUGCUCCUUUGUGCUCUCACAUUCCUCUGUCUCUCCUUUAACCCCUUAACAUCUUUUUUGGAUGGCAAAGAAACACCGGACACUUACAGCACAGUGCAUCAUGGUUCUGACAGGAAAAUACAAGCAAUAAAACCAGAAUCAGGUGGCUGGUUUGGCUGGAUGAUGCCCACUUUAAUCUUAUGGCUUGUGAACGGUAUCAUUAUCUUGAGUGUAUUCAUAAAGCUGUUAGUGCAUGGAGAGCCAGUGACACGACUGCAUUCUCGUUCUUCUGUGACUUUUUGGCGGCAUCGGAAACAGGCAGACCUUGACUUAGCUAAGGGGGACUUUGCUGCUGCUGCAUCAAAUUUACAUAUCUGUCUUUCUGCCCUGGGCCGAGCGUUGCCUGUUUCUCGUUUUGACUUGAUCUGUAGCCUUUCCUGGAACAUUAUUCGUUACAGUCUCCAAAAAUUGGGAUUAGUACGUUGGCUGCUAAAGAGGACAUCACAGCGGAGACGAGCAACAGAGACGCCUCUUGGCUUUGAAGAUGAAGCCAAGACUAGUGCGCGAGAUGCCACAUUAGUGUAUCAUAAACUUCAUCAACUCCAUAUUACAGGUAAGCUUCCGUCCAGUUCAGCUUACUCAGGAUUGCACAUGGCGUUGUGUGCUGUAAACCUGGCAGAAUGUGCAGAGGAGAAGAUUUCACCAAGUACCCUGGCAGAGAUCCAUCUAACUGCUGCAGUUGGCCUGAAGACUCGCUGUGGUGGCAAGCUGGGCUUCCUGGCGAGUUAUUUCUUAAGUCAAGCUCAAAACCUGUGUACUUCUGAGCAUAGUGACAUCCCUGACUCUUUACGCUGGUUGUGCCAUCCUUUGGGGCAGAAAUUUUUUGUAGAACGGAGCUGGACAGUGAAAGCUGCUGCUAAGGAUAGUCUGUACUCCACUCAGAGGAACCCAGCUGAUCCCAUUGCACAGGUACACCAGGCAUUCUGUGAGAACCUACUGGAGAGAGCUGUUGAAUCCAUUGUGAAACCUCAGAUUCCCAAAGGGGCUACAAGCCAUGAUGAUGAAGCACCUUGUGAAUUUGCUAAUGCUUUGGAAUACUUGACAUUACUAAGUUCUUUUGUGGAUUCUUUGGGAAGUGGAAUACCACCUUUUUCUGGAAAUUCUGUCCUGAAGUCUGCCCUAGCUCCUGAUGUAGUCUGCAGAUGGUGGUCAUCAGCAAUCACAAUGAUAAUCAGCUGGCUCAAGGGUGAUGAUACAGCUGUGAAAUCUCAGUUUAUCAAUGUGGAACGAAUUCCUAAAUGCUUGGAGAUGAUGGAGAAUGCCCUUGUACGAGCUAUCUUCCAUGUAUGCAAAGCCAUGAAUGUCUUGUUGUCUAGCAAGGCAGAUGGGCAGCAUAGUUCAUUUAGCCAUUGUGAAAGAGCUAGCACUCAUCUCUGGAAUAGUCUUAACAUGAGAAGUGGGGUCUCAAGCACAAGUCUCAACAAUAUGAUCCAGCUGCUGGCUUGCGAUCUACUGUUGUCUCUCCGUACCACUCUGUGGCAGAAACAGACAAAUUCUAGUCAAGCUUUGGGAGACAUGCACCAUGCUUCUGCUUCUGAGCUGACUGGCUUCCAGCGUGAUCUUGGCAGCCUGCGAAAACUAGCAAACAGCUUCAGGCUUGCUUACCGAAAGGUUUUUCUUCAUGAGGCCACUGUCCGCUUGAUGGCAGGAGCCAGCCCCACCCGUACUCACCAGCUGCUUGAGCAUAGUCUGAGACGUCAGACCCCACAGAGUACCAAGCAAGGUGAGUUGGAUGUUCUUCCCGGACAAAGAGAACGAGCUACAGCAAUUCUAUUAGCCUGCCGCUACCUCCCCCUGUCUUUUCUGUCAUCUCCGGGCCAGCGUACUGUCCUGCUGGCAGAAGCAGCUCGAACACUGGAGAAGGUUGGCGACAUGCGUUCCUGCAAUGACUGUCAGCAGAUGAUUGUGAAACUAAGUGGUGGCACAGCUAUUGCUGCUUCCUAACCCUAGAGGAAUAGUUUCAUCAGACAUUGAAUGAAUUCUUGUCCCAUUCUCUUCCUUUUUUCUUAAAAACCCUUCCAGAUGUGUGGAAGUUUCAUUAUACUAAUAGGAGACAGUGACUUGGUGUAUAGCAAGUGGCGAAUUAUUUGCCUCCAAGCAAAAAGAUUGUUCAUGCUGGUGCUAGAAAGUUUUUUUUCCCCCUGGCAGAGACUGAUAUCUUGGACUGAUUAACUUGGAUGUCUUUGAAAGAGGGAUUUGUUUUUCUCUCUCAUUGUUUUUACAAAACAAUCUCUAUUGAAAACAUCUUUGGGGUAAGGAGUUAGUAAAAAGUGAAAAAUUUGUUACAAAGUCUCAUUUGAUGGCAUUUGCAAUGGUUCUUGGUCCAGUAAUAUAUAGAUUCAAAGAAGAUAGGAUUGUGUUUAACUUCUACUCUCCUCAGUAUACGUUUGUCCUACUUACUGAUACCUUCCUAUAAAAUAGAAGCUUUAGGAAGUCAGGCCAGUUCUCUAGAGAAGUGCAUUAUGGUUUUAUGCUAUUUGGGUUAUAAUUAUUUAUAUUUUGCAAACUAUAAAAAAUACCAGUUUCUUUUUGUCUCAUACUCUUCAUUUCAUUCUGUAUCUUUCUUCUUUCUGUAAUUUUUCAUAAACUGAUGAUGAUCAGAAAGAUAGAAACUGUAGUUUCAGUCAAUCAGUCAAUCAAUGUUUAUUCAAUCAUAGGCCAGCAAAUAAAAAAAGAAAAAUUGAAAUUAAUUAGGAUAAAAAGAAAAAAAAUCUAAGGAAAACAAACCUGAUGUACUGUACAAACUAUAAAACAGUACUUAGCUGUAAAGAAGUAAAAUCAGAUCAAUGUUAUAUGAUAAUUAAAAAAACAAGUUAAAACAGAUCAGAACAACCCAGAAGUUUAAUAAAGAAUAGACAUAAUAAUUCCUGGUGAACAUUUUGUAGAGGAGACAAUACAAAAUAACUUGUUCCAUAUUUCAAUUGUUCCUUCAUGGCAUGGACAGAGUCUAUGUUUGAAGAGGAUUUUUUAGUGUCUCCCUUCAGUAACAACUAUUGGGAGAACAUUGAAUCUGACCAAGGAUAAAGCCAUUCUAAAUUUUGGAAUUGUUAUGUGACUAAGGUAUAUCACUGGUUGAAGAAGAUAUGAGAAACUAUAACAUCUAAAUUAGCAGGUUGUAGAAGACUGUUCUAUAGCAUCAUUGUAAAGCCAGGAACUGAAAAACUAAAAACAUUACUUUAAAAAUUAAUGGUUAAAUGACAGGAAGAUGCAGGUUUUCUGAUCUCAGGACUGAAGGUAAAGGGUAGAACAUUAACAUCUUUUCCAGCAUUAUUUUGCUGAAGGAAAUCCCACCUUUGGAAAGAGAUUUUGAGCAAGAUGAAACGUGGACAAGGAUGAAAUGAUCCUCCCCAAGACCUUGAUUUGGAUGCCUGCUUGUUAUAAACAAAGAGGUAGCUAACCUAGCCACACUUUUAAAUCAUGUAGAUCUAGCUUGACCCUAAAAAAAUACAGAUUUUUUUCCCCGAAGCUCUUUACAUCCAUGUAAGAUUUAACACCUAAUGGUAAAAAUUAGUUCCAUGUUCACCAAUUGGUAGUAAGGUAGCUAUACUACCAAUUGAAGGGAUUCUCAUGUUCUUUCCCACAAUUUUGGGAGCAUUGUAACGUGUAUAUAUAUAUAGAAUGGAUAAAGAAUUUUAGUGUUAAAAGGAAACAAAGUAUAGCUCAAUCUCCUCUGGCAGAAUCACACAAAUUUUAUAUUAUAUGGAACUCUAAGGUCCAAAAGCCAUGUUUUUCUCCCUACUUAUUUCCUUUGCUUACUCUUUUUUGGGGGGGCAGGGGGGCGGGGGUCAGGUCUUUCAUUGCAUUGAUCUAGAUUUCAAUAGAAGCUCCUAUGUAAUGGCAUAUAUACAGAAGAGCAAUUUGGAAAUUCACCCAACUUUAAUUAUAUUAGUCCUUGAAAUAAUGUGAUUGGUAAUCCUUGGCUGCAUAGAUAGGACUCUCAAUAAUGAAAAAUCUUUUAAAACUUUCUAUUCCGAUACCCCCAUAUGUGAAGCUGUGGUGGUAAAGAAAUUUUGAAUAUUGCUAUUUCAUAGAGUUCAAAUACUUCUCCAUAAAAGAUGCAAAUCAUGCUGAUGAUAGAGUUUUAAUGCUUCAUAGUUAACCAGAAACAGAUUCCACAUUAAAACCUUGACUUACAUCUUGAAAGUCUAUUCUCAGUCAACCUGCAUUUAUUGAAAUGUAAAAUUUUAUUUUAAUGCAAUUUUCCUGCUUCUCCCUAAAAUAUGUGAGUGGAUGUGUUUGAUUUGUAUAUCCCGCCCCAUUCUGGUACAUGGUGAAACGUAAUAUUUGACCAUGCUAUUUGAAAAAAGUUUUGGUAUCGUUGGUUUCCUUGAUGGAAGUGUAUUUAAGUUUGUGUUUCUUACAACUGAUAUGCAUACUGUAAUUCUGCCUGCUUCCCUUUAAACCUAGGUAGUCAGAAUAAGGGUCCCAGGGGCUGCUGAUUCAGAGGCACAUUUAAAUUUGCAGGCUGCAUAAAGUACCAUUCCAUUCACUAAGACAGAAUCUUAAUGAUGGCAUUCCCAGUGCAGGUAGCAACUAAGUAGGAAAAAUAGUAAACUUAUUGGGACUGAGGAGAUUAAGGGUCAUUGCUAAUUUAUGCCUCCAACUGCUGUUACAUCCAUGCAAAUUUUGCUUUAUUAUAAAACAAAAUAAUCAGCCCAGGAGUAACACAAAGUGUGAAUUCUUAAGAGUCUAACAGAUUGAUUGAGUAGGCUUGAACUUGCAAAUGCUUCCAUCUGGGCUCUCUCAGGGCAAAUAAUUCAAUAUAAUUAAUUUGUAAAAAAAAAUGUAAAAAAAUACCCAUCUCUUUCUGAGUAUUUCAUGGUUUCUUGAAUUUGAAGCAUUGAAAGUAGUUUAUUUUUGUUAAAAGAGCAAAUGGCCAUUACAAUAUAAAAAAUCCAUAUUAAUCAGUCAAUUGGAUGGAGAUGGGUGGUUAUAAAAAUUGAAUAAUUACAUAAAUAUUGCACAGCCAUAAUAAUGAGGUUACUGUCUUGUUUAAAUUACAAUUGCAUAGAUGUGAUCUCUACAAAGAAAUCUACCUUUUUGCAUCUUUUUGGCAGUUUUAUAUACUUCAUGUAUUUAUGGAACUGUUCCUCCUAAUCUAGCCCUAUAUAUGUUUUGUGUAUAUAAUGGUAACUUUUCUGUUUUUAUAUGAGAUGAAAAUUGUCUUUUUAUCCCAAUAAAAUUAGAAAUAGAGAUGCUUUGAUACAUGAAGAUGUAGCGGAUGGUGAAGUCAGGAGAUGAGAGUUUCUGUUAUUCCCAGGUGACCUUUUGGUAUGGAUCAUUAUGUAAUUUAUCUAAUAAAGACAAAAUUUAACUCAG